UUCAUGACGGUGACUGGAGGCUGCUAAUUCUGGCUGGGAGCACGGCAGCCCCUCUGCUCAGUGUCUGAGAGCUGCCCGGGAACGCAGCUGCCGCUCAGCGCUGCAGGGAGGGACCAGCCCCGGCCCCGGCACCGGCUAGGAGUCUGGGCAGAUUGGCCAUCACCCCCGGUCCCAGCCCUCCGGAGAGGAAAAUGAAAAGCCCCCUGGUGCUGACGGUGCUGCUGUCCUUUGCGGCGGCCAAACUGUGUCACGCCUACUGCGAAGGGACCGAGAAGCAGCAGACGGCCAGCGGGAUCCAGGCGAAGCCGAGCUCAGACCUCUACAAGCUGCCCACGGCCCUGCUCAGGAGACUCUACAAUGGCCACCGGGUCUCCUACGAGGCACUGCUGCAGCUGGAGGGCAAGGACGAUGCCCGUACCAAGAUGCCCAUCCCCCCUCAGAAACGGGACAUGCACGACUUCUUUGUCGGCCUCAUGGGCAAAAGGACCCCAGAGCCCGACGACCCCACAGACAGGAACAAGGAGACGUCCACUGGCUUCGGCGACCUCAAAUAUCCCCCAAAUGCAGAAUGAGGUGCCCACGCUGGGGACAAGCAAAGCGCCCGCAGCGCCUCGAGAAAUGGAGACGAAGCCGCUCGCCAAAGCCCGCCGCGCUCUCAACCGAACGGGAACCCUUCGCCGUGUCGUGGAGAACUCUCCCCCCCUGCCCCAUCUCGUCCCCACUGCCCCAUUCCAGCCUGCGCCUCGUCCCAACGCUAGUGCUCACUGUUUGGAAAUAGAGUAAUGCCCCCACCCCAUGGUGCUUUCCCCGCCGUGUGCACCGGCCGCAGACACCCCGGGCAGCCAGCAGAACCCCCUUUGUGGCGUAGGUUAAAACCACCCUUGACUAGUCAAUAACACCACGAUUUUUACCUAUGAGCUGCCCUGUCUCUCAGCUUCUUUGCCUGAUGCUUCCUAGGAUUGUGUUGUUUGCUGGGCUCCAGUCAUGUGUCCAGGGCCCCACCGUGCUGGGCGCUGUGCAUUAUAUAUUAGGUACAUUACACUCGUGCCUGGUAAUUCGCCAGGGCCCCACCGUGCUGGGCGCGGGACGGACACAGAAUGAAAAGCCAAUCCCUGCCCCAUGCGGCCGAACACUCCUUUGCAGAGGGAAAUGUUCUCCAUGUGGGAGAACGGGUAUUAAGGCUUGUGCUUCAGGGCUAAUGCCGAUUUCUAACUAUAAAAGACCAGGUUUGUACUAUGCAAGACAUCAGUGCAGUUCAGGGGUCCUGCGCCUUCCUCUCUAGCCUCUGGCGCUGGUCACUGCCAGAGACAGGAUACUGGGCGAGAUGCUGAUCCAGCCCAGCAAUUCCUAUGCUCCUCGGCACAGAGAGGGCAGGUGAUUUGCCCAAGGUCCAGUGGGUAGCAGAGCUGGGAAGAGAAUCCGGAUGUCCUCACACCCAAUCCUGUGCUUGAACCUCAAGCCUGCCCUUUCUCCCUUCUCGCAUGCCGUUAGUAACGAGGCAUCUUCCCUAGCUUCUUGCAAUGUUGCCCAUCCAUUUGGUAUCCCAGCCUCAGAGGUAACAACCCAA